AUGGGGCAGUCUCCUCAUCUGAGGAGGUGGUCAGAUAAUCAGGCAAAACGGAACCCAAACCAAGCGCUCCGUGAUCAGCCAGCGGGGAAAGCCUGUUACGGAGAAGAAGAAGCGCAACCUGCAAAGCCGGAUGACAUGCCUGUGAACGACAUUGUGACCCGUGCUGUAGUGCUUAGCCUCAGUAUAUCAGGGUAUACUCGUGGAGCAGACUCCACUGGACCCUUACCAAACGGCUAUCAUCCCCGAGACCGGGAUCGUUACAACAUCGCUUCUGAUCCUGGGGGAGGUGUAAGAAGAUACGAGACCUUGUUUUUAUACCAAGUCUUUUACUGCUCAGUAAUGGGUCCUUACUUGCCAGGCUUGCUUGCAACUCAAAACGGUCCUAUUGUUUUCUUUUUGGCACCGCAGCACGUAUAUGACUCCAUGACUUUGAAGGAUUUGAAGGAUCGAAAGUGUUUCAGUCUAUUGGCCCUAACGAGUCGCGAUAAGGGUAGUACCGUUACACCGAAAGUCGCCUGGAAAAUCGAACUACUACAUACGCUACUGGCCGUUAUCCCCAACCUGGUCGCGUGGCUUUUCUUACCCAUGGGACCAUUAUAUGGUGGCAAAAGUGUAAGGCUUGUGAAGGGUCCUCGAAUUGCGGAGAAUAAGAAAGGUUCCCCGUACGGAGUAUUCCGUACAGAUGACUUUAACCGGAUCGCCUGCUUUGCUGACCCCGACUCAUAUCAAGUACCCUCAUUUACAGAUUCACCCACUGUGUGCCAGGCUACGCCAAUGCUUUGGCAACUUUUCAGAAUGCGUCCUCUGGUCCGUCGAGCCUGCAGCUUGUCUCUGUCAACAAAGCUCCGUGAUCAAAGCCACUGUCGUGAAGCACAUACCUAUGCUGCUGAAGCAGCUACUGCCAUUCACUCCUAUACCGGAUCUAGUACUGUGCAGCCGCUCAAGGUGCCUCAUCUGACUGCCCCAACCAUUGAACACUCAACACAGCAGAAUCAUGUUCGUAAGGUCCACGAGCAACUCUGGCAACAUGGCAUACUCAAGAUCAGCUUGGGCUUUCUAGACGCCGAUAGCCAGUACCUUAGGCAACUUGUUCUCAACCUCCAUCAGCGUCAUAGGCAUCAGCUUCCCAUCUCGCACAGCGCCUCACGCGGAUGGUUCUGGGACGUUCGACCAGAAAGCGUCUCCUUUCAGACAACUAACCACCGUGCAAGAUCUGAGACAAUGGAAGAGUUUCCUUGGCAUACCGACUGCAGCUAUGAAGAAAUGCCUCCACGAUACUUUGCCCUCCAAGUUCUUCAGCACGACAAGUUUGGUGGAGGGACUCUGUCAGCCAUGAACAUCCAGCGGCUGAACCAAUCUCUCUCUCCAUCUACCCAGGCAUCGUUGAUGCGACCAGAGUACUGUAUCAAUAUUCCCAAGGAGUUUGUCAAGGAUCCGGCGAAGCAGAAAAUUGUAGGAAAUCUGAUGGCUAUUGACCAAGAGAGCCAAUCCUGUAUGAUACGUUUCAGAAGAGAUAUCAUAACACCGUUGACGGGAAGGGCUUCAAAGGCACUUGAAGAACUUGAUGUGUGCUUACAAUCCACGGGGGCAGCGGCCCAGUCAGAGUCGCCGUUUGUAGUACACCUCACGGCUGCCGACUUUCCCACGGGUACCAUCAUAAUGAUGGAUAACCGUCGUUGGCUGCAUGCUCGAAAUCAUAUCAACGAUCCAAAGCGUCACUUGCGACGCAUUCGUUGGGAUGCCAUUCCGUUCCCUGGCAACGACGAAACGAUGGGAGUAGAUUAA